GGCUGUUGUAUCCACUACCACCAUUCAUUUUAGUCGUCUGUGUUUGUUAAAUGCUUUUGAUCCUUUGCUCCUCUAUUGUGGCUUUGAUAAUGGCUUCCCUUUUUUCCUUGCUUCUCCUGUUUCUGACUAUAUCACCACCAUUUUCAUUUUCAUCAGCAUCUCUAAACACUUUGCGUAAAGGCUCUUCCCUUUCUGUGGAGGACAAGGACUCGUUCUUGAUUUCACCAGACGGAACAUUUUCUGCUGGCUUUUACCCCGUGGGCAAAAAUGCUUUCUGCUUUGCCAUAUGGUUCAAUGACCCUUCGUGCACCGGUUAUGGCAACUGCACUCUGGUUUGGAUGGCCAAUCGUGACGUACCAGUCAAUGGAAAACGCUCCGAGUUCUCUCUACUAAAAACUGGUAAUCUUGUCCUUACUGACGCUGGUCGAUCGCCCCCUGUUUGGGCCACUGAUACUACUUCGCUCUCUUUAUUGUCGCUGAACCUUCAAGACAAUGGUAAUCUUGUUCUAAACGACACGGAGGGUGCUAUUAUUUGGCAGAGCUUUGACACCCCAACAGACACUCUGCUUCCUUUACAAUUGUUCACUAAAGAAACUCGGCUUGUUUCAUCCAGAAGCAGAAGCAAUUUUUCUACUGGGUUUUACAAGUUCUAUUUCGACAACGAUAACGUUAUUCGUCUUCUUUAUGAUGGUCCUGAGAUCUCAAGCGUUUUUUGGCCUGACCCUGGAGCUUUGCCAUGGGAAGAGAAUAGAUCUACGUACAAUAGCAGCAGAAUUGCCAUACUCGAUUCCUUGGGUUAUUUUGCUGCUACGGAUAAUUUUACUUUUCAUUCUGCUGAUUAUGGGCAGAGACUCCAGAGAAGACUAACGCUUGAUUACGAUGGUAAUCUUCGAUUAUACAGUCGAGGAGAGGGAAACAGUAAUUCUUGGGUUGUAUCAUGGGAGCUCAGUUCUCAGCCAUGCACUGUUCAUGGAGUUUGUGGACCCAAUAGUGUUUGUUCCUAUAGUCGGAUCUCUGGUAAAAUGUGUUCUUGCAUUCCAGGAUUUAAGAUGGUCGACUACACAGACUGGUCUCGAGGUUGUGAACCGGAAUUUAAUAUUUCAUGUUCCACUACAGAGUCCACCUUCCUUAAACUCCGUCACGUAGAGUUUUAUGGAUAUGAUUUUGGUUUCUAUCCUAAUACCACCUUUGAUGACUGUAAGAAUAAAUGCUUACAGAGAUGCGAUUGCAAAGGCUUUCAAUUUAAAUUUGUCAAGCAUGACCAUCCUAGCGAUCUUCCUUACUGUUUCGCCAAGACUCUUUUGCUAAAUGGGCAGCGACAGUCCAGUUUUGAAGGAGAUCUAUAUUUGAAAGUGCCUGUGACCAGUAACUACUCUGACCAUAGCUGGCCAACUGUGAGUGAAUUGUUGCAUACUUGCCCUCAUAACGUUAUCAGGCAACUAGAGAGAAAAUAUGUAGUAGAUCAUGGAGUUUGGCGAGUUCAAUUCUUGCUUUGGUUUGCAAUUGGAGUUGGAGUGUUUGAAAUCUUUGGUAUAAUUUUUGUGUUGCUUUUCGUUGUAAGAAACCAACAGAACCGAGGUGCUACCACACAAGGUUACCUCCAGGCUGCGACUGGUUUCAAAAGGUUCACCUAUACAGAGCUGAAGAAAGCAACGCGAAAUUUCAAAGAAGAAAUUGGAAGAGGAGCAGGAGGAAUUGUGUAUAGAGGGAAAUUAUCAGAUGAUCGAAUUGCAGCAAUUAAGCUACUCAGCGAAGCUCACCAAGGAGAAGCUGAAUUUCUUGCAGAAGUAAGCACCAUUGGAAAGCUUAACCACAUGAACUUAAUAGACAUGUGGGGAUACUGCGCAGAUCAGAAGCACCGGCUUUUGGUUUAUGAGUAUAUGGAACGUGGAUCUUUAGCAGAAAAUCUCUCUUGCAAAGAACUUGAUUGGAAAAGGAGAUUUGAAAUUGCUUUAGGCACAGCUAAAGGCCUCGCUUAUUUGCAUGAAGAAUGUUUAGAGUGGAUUUUACACUGCGAUGUAAAACCACAGAACAUCCUUUUAGACUCUAGGUACCAGCCAAAGGUAUCAGAUUUCGGUCUGUCUCGGCUUGUAAGUAGAGAUAAUGAAAGUAAUGGUGGGAAUUCAGGAUUCUCAAAAUUGAGAGGAACAAGAGGUUACAUGGCCCCUGAAUGGAUUUUCAAUCAACCUAUUACCUCUAAAGUGGAUGUCUAUAGCUAUGGAACUGUUGUGCUGGAGAUGGUAACAGGAAAGAGCCCGGCAAUGGAUGUCCAGGAAGUUGAUAGUACGACUUAUAAUGUGGAGCAGAAAAGGUUAGUUGCAUGGGUGAGAGAGAAAAAAUCCGGAGCUGGUGAAAAGGAGUCUUGGGUUAAAGAAAUAAUAGAUCCUAUAAUGGGAAAUGACUAUGACAUAAAUAGAUUAGAAAUUCUGGCAGAAGUGGCUUUGCAGUGCGUGGAAGAAGACAAAGAUGCAAGACCCACCAUGGGCCAAGUUUUGGAGCUGAUUUUGCGGGAUUAUGAAAAAAAUUCUUAAAUUAGCUGCAAUGGCCUUGUUAUUUUUAAUUAUGCUCUUUGUUUUAGCUUAGUUUGCCUUUCUCUGCCAGCGGGAAAAUAAAUAAGUGUUGUACAUUUAUCACAGUGUUAAUAAAUUACUAGGUUCCUGUAAUGAAGCUAAACCUAUCUUGUCAAAA